AGCGAAGACCAUGGUGUUCACACUGAACCCCAUCACUCUCGCAAACAGCAUCGUUGAGAUGGGUGACCCCAGGACGCGAGACUACCCUCUGGUGUUGAACCCGCUCUUCGUUUUCCCCCUCGUGGUUUGUUACCUGUACUUCGUCAAGGUUGCCGGACCACGUUGGAUGAGAGACCGUAAGCCGUUCGACAUCAUAAACGUCGUCCGCCUCUACAACCUCUUCAUGGUGGUCGUCGCUGCCGUGUUCCUGUACUUGCACCUGAAGAUGACCUACCUUCCCGGGGGCCGGUACAACCUCUGGUGCCAGGGGAUCACGGGCGAGACCGACGAGGAGCUCGUACAGUACUACAAGUACGGCUGGUUCUUCAUCGCCGUUCGCUACGCUGACCUCCUGGACACGGUAUUCUGCGUACUUCGAAAGAAGUUCAGCCAGAUUACGCACUUGCACGUAAUUCACCACACCAUGGUGACGGUGAACGUGUGGUAUUACGCCCUGUUUGCACCCGAAGGCCAGCCGGCCCUCGGCUUGGCCAUGAACGCGUUUGUACACGUGGUCAUGUAUUUCUACUACUUCCUCGCUACCCUGGGUCCCAGGAUUCGCAAGCACCUGUGGUGGAAGAAGUACUUGACAACUAUGCAAAUCGUACAGUUUGUAAUUGCUCUCUUCCACAUUUGUAUACCGCUUUUCGUCGACUGUGGAUUUCCGAAGUACAUCAUAAUCACGGGAGGACUGCAGACACUUCUUAUGCUGUGUUUAUUUGUCAAUUUCUACAUCAAGGCCUACAUUCAAAAAGGCUCUUACUUGAAACCUUCGCCAGAGUCCUUUGAAGAUAAUGGUGCAAUGAUUACUGAAAAGAAUGGCAAGAGAGAUUAA